GGCGGAGGAGGAUCUGGCGCUGGCAGCGGCGUAGGAGGAGUCAUGGAGGGAUUGCUGGCGCCGGAGCCGAGCCUCAAGGCGAGCAGCCACUUUAAGGUAGGGCCGCGAUUGCGCGCCGAGGGCGUCAUGGCGCCCCCAGCUUCCGAUGCCGCCACGCUCCGGCGGCAAGUUUCGGCGCUCCAGAUGGAUCUCGAGGCGCACAUCGAUGGCGAGGCGCGGCUCCAGACCAUCAAUCAGCAGCUGCGAGAAAGGUGAAACUUGGCCCCAUCGCUGACUAUUCUCUCACGAAAAUGCAGGUUGGAGCUCUACAUGAAGCAAAACCACGAGAAUGUGGAGCGCGCGGAGAGUGAGCUGAACACACUUCAUGAAGAUAUGGAGCAGACGUUGGAGCUGCAGAGGAGACUGGCUCAGAGAGCCUCGUUACUGGAGAAGGAGAAAAAGGAGCUCGAGGAAGCUCUUCAAAAACGUUCCCAAGAAUUCCAGAGCGAGCGUUCGUCUUUACAAACUCGUAUUGAUACUCUAGUCGAAGACAUUGCUUCGAGGCAGGACUUGCAUAACCGGUCUAAAGCUCUUCAGGCAGAGCUCGAAGAAGCUUCAGUAGCAAAGCAGAAGCUUGAAGAGCAGCUGCGAAACUAUUCUAAUGAUUCCGAAUCUGUGAAGCGACAGGCAGAAGAAUACAAGAACGAACUUGACAGGUUUAUUGCGAAGGAACAUCGUGACACGUUAGUUGAAAACAAAGGAAAAAAGGUGCAACUUCGGAGGUGGUUUCGAUGGUUUCAACAAUGUAUCAAGGAGAAAUCUGCUUUAAUGGCCAACGAAGACGCUGCUACAGUCUUUGCCAAGUGUAGCUGCUCCAAAAGAGGAAUGCGAGCUCUUCGGCUGGCCACGAGGAGGGCAGCUAAAAUACGAAAUUCCGAGAAGCGCCGAGGUCAGGCAUGUUUACAAGACUGUUGGAGAGCAUGGCGUCUGUCAACUUUAGCCAAAAGAAAGUAUUUUGGGACCCUGGAGCACAAAAACCGUACCUGCAAAUGCAGGAUGAUGUUCAAGUGGAGGAAAGCGGUGCAAAUGGGGAAGCUUAGCGACGUGGAAGAGAAGUCUCUUACCAAUGCGGCGUGUAGGCAUUGGUCUGACACCAUCCGCCGCCGGGUUCUCACUUACUGGCUUCAGUGGGUUUUAUACUGGGCUCGACCGAAACAUUUAAGACUCAAGGGGUUACAGUGUCGCUUACACCGGCUCACAUGCAAGCAAGUCAUAUGUGGAUGGCAGUCCUUGGUACGAGCUAGACGGUGCAAAAGACUGAGGUUAUCUCAGGGAGAUACGCAGCGGCGACGUUGGCUUCAGAUACGAGCUCUCAACCGAUGGAAGAGUGCUACUAUUUCAAACAAGAGAGGGCGGAAGUUGAAUUCGAGGGGCUUGGCAUUCUACAAACUUCAUCAGUACCAAACGAUAAUUCAUACCUGGAAAGGGUUCAUACACUUGAAAAGAAACGAAAAGCUUUCAAAAACAAUGGCCUUCAGGCACUACCUUCACGUCUUGAAGUCGAAGGGCGUGUCAACUUGGAGGAAGAACGUCAAGUUUCAACGAGCGGAAGAAAGGGCCAUCCAUCAAAUGAACUAUGCUCUAUGCAAAGCAUCGCUGUCUCUAUGGCAAGACUAUCAUGCUGCGCACGCUAUAAAGAAGCGUAAGGAGCUAAAAGCGUUGAUCAACUGUAGCAGGAGGGACAGAAAGGUUGCACGGUCUUUGUUCUUGUUCUGGUGGGAGGAAACUGUAGCCAGAAAACUUGCAUUGCGACUGGCAUAUCGACUGGCUGCUCAACGAAUGCAUGCGAAAAUACGGUCCUCUUUAAAGGCGUGGCUGCAUGCGGCUUUCGGACAUGUUCUAGUGUCAAAUCUGAAGCUUCAAAAUGAUCUUUUAGAUUCCAAGGCACAAUUUGAAGACCAGAAAGAACAAACGAAUGUGAUAGACGUUGAAAAUCUUCAGCUCAUCGAUCGUCUUCACAGUUUAUCCUCUGAGAUUGCCAUGCUGAAGCUGACGAUCAAUGAAAAAGAGAAGCAAGAAGAAGAUUUGCACCGCGCUCUCGAAGAUGGCGCAUUGAUUGAGAGCUCAAUGCAGGGAGAACUGGACUUGCAGCGGGCGCACGUCCAAGAGCUUCAACUGGAACUUUUCAAACUUCAGAGAAAGCUGCAAAAGAAAAACAUUGAAGACACCGAAGGAGAGGUUCAUCACACAAUGGCCACGCAGAAGCUCCAACGGGCUCUGAAGGAUCUUCAGAGGCAGCUGUCGGACAAAACCUUGCAGCUCAAUGCAUAUGAGAAGGCUCUGAAAGAAACAGCCGAGAAGCUUGAGGGAGCAUCCGAUGAGUCCCACGAGAAGCUUUCAAGUGCUUUUAAAAUCGCUGCCUCCCUGCGAAAGUUGCUCGAGGACAGAGAGACACAAUAUGCGACACUCGAAGGGACUUGCAGGAGGAAAGAACUAGAACUUGGGGAGGUUCAGAAGAAACUUGACGUCGUUCACUCCAAGUUUUGUGAAACUGUCGAGGCUCGUGACUCGCGGAUACAUGAGCUGGAAAAUCUUUUGGCACAGAAACAGGCCGAGUCCCAAGAGGCCCAGACCGAUCUGCAAGAGAUGAAAGUGGCUUUGAGCAAUCGAGAGUGCCUAGUGCGAAAGCUAGAGUAUGAGAUAAAGCUCAAGUCUGACAGGGAGUCUCACAUUGCAAGAACUUUUAUAUCCGGACUCAGUUCGCUCUCGUCGCCCAGGACUCACCAUGUAGAUAUGAGCUUUAGAAGCAGCUUCCAGCACCAAGAACCAACGAAACUUUCGAAGUCUAUCGUGCAGCAGCAGCAGCAACGGCAGCGGGGAGGACUGGAAGAAACGAUUUACACGGAGCACGCCAUCCAAGCAGCGGCCGUCACUCCCUUCGCAUUCAUCACCAAGAUGGACAGCCAGGACGAGACCCCAAGCUCCCGCAGCUCAAAGCAAGCGGACAGAGCCCAGCAAAACACAUCCGACGCGUCAAGAGGUGGCGACGAGGUGUUAUCAUCCGCCAGUAGCAGCUCCAGCGAAGAUGGUCUCGGCUCUCACGACAAUGGAGACGAUGACAGGCCGGAAUCCUUCUCAACUCGGGCAGACUGGGACACUUCUUUCGCGCUCGUGUCGACGGCACCCAGGCCGGCCACAGCAGCCGGACAGGAAACUCCGCAAUACGUAACGACGGAGUCAUCGGACUUGGAGAGGCAGGAGCAAGCGCCGAGAGUAAUCGUCGACGAAGAUCCUCGAGCAGUGAACGGGCUCCAUGCCGAGAUCCAAAGGUUGCAAGCUCGGAUCAUGAACCGCUUGAGAGACACUAGUCCCGGCCAGUCAGAGGUGCGAAAGAUGUUCUUCCUCUCGCUCUAUACUAACGUUCUUUUGUCAUGGCAGCCGGAGCAAUCCGCUAGAUCACCUCUGAAAAGCACUUCACACAGCAGCGAUGCCUGAUCCU